ACCGAUCAAAAGUUUCUAGAAAUGCGGCGUCUGCUAGAGCUCUGACAGUGUUUUGUUAUCAAAGAAAAAAGAAAAGUUUAAUCUAAUCUAUUAUUAUAUAGAUUUUAAGCAUUAUUUCUCAUGAAACUGAAUCAUUGAUCAGAUAAUCAAUGUAUUUCCUCGACAUUAUAUAUUAGCAAUAUACAUUCUACUUAAAAUGUUAUCCGAGUUAUAACGAUUAGUCAUGUCACAAAUAAUGUAUAACCUACGUGUGAUGUUUCUAACGUAACGUAUCAACAUAAUUAUCAUUUAAAAAUUAAACAACCAUCUGAUCAAAUGAUGAGAGAUGCGUACCAAAGGUCUGCUAUUGUUGCUUAUCUGCAUAGCAGGGAGCAGCAUCACUUUUAUUGCUUUCAGUAAUCAACGACCUUCCAUUCAAACUCUGGUUACAGAGACACACAAGCAAUUACGGAACUUCCAGGAGAACUUGAAAGAUGUCGAGGAGAAGAGGUUGGUAACAGACUCUAAGUAUCUUGCAAUGCUUGGGCUGGAUGGACAAACUAGCACAACACCUUUUAGUUAUAAAUCUCAAAAUGUGACUGUUGUCUCUCUUAUAAGGCCUGGAAAUGAACAAAAUAUUUAUGGCUUUGUGAGAAAUGUCAGUCAUUUUUUGCCAAAUAAUAGUAUUAUCAUUUAUAGUGUUGGAUUGAAUGAUGAUUCUUUGCAAAAUAUUAGAGCAGCUUGUAAUUCUACAAAAUGUAAUGUGAUUCAUUUUGACAUAAGUCCAUUUCCAACUCAUGUUGAAGAUGAUAGACUGCAUGUUUAUAGACCUCUAGUUAUUCAGACAGCUUUAAACACACUAGGAAACAUAUUGUAUAUGGAUUCAAAUAUACGUUUGAAUUCAUCUGACAUCUCAAAAUACCUUUUACCAAAAUCUGGAAUUUUGGCCUGGCCUACAAGGCAUGCAAUUAGCUCUUUAACGCAUCCAAAGAUGUACGAAUAUUUUCACGUUUCCGCUGAAAGUUUUUUCUUUCUUCCUUUAAUAAGAGCAUCACAUUUAGUAAUUAGGAAUGUUAAAGAAAUCAGGGAAAAAAUAAUGUUGCCAUGGGUACAAUGCGCGCUAACGAGAGAUUGUAUUUGUCCCAUUGGUGCUCAGUCAGCAGGUUGUCGAUUUAACAAGAAACCACAGUACCGGUAUUCCGGUUGUCACGCGUAUGACGCUUCUGCACUAAAUAUCGUACUCGGAUUACAUUUCAAUUUCGACGAUACAUAUUAUGUUCAUCAAGAACGAGAAACGUACUUUAAUAAAAUCCAACCGGAGGAAAUCACGGAAGAGUAUCUUCUGAUCACGAGACAGAACAAUGCGACCGAGUUGAACUUGAGAAAUAGCAUAUCAACUGAACGUUAAUUUCUCUAAGAUCUCGAUUUAUUUUAAAUCAAGAAUUAAGUGAUACGUCGAUCAAGCACAAGUUAAUAUAAGUAUAAUUAAUAAGUUAAGAAACAAAUAAAGAUUUCAACCAAGAAACUGCAUUGUGGUAUCUGUAAGAAA